GUCAGUUGGCUGAAGAAUGUAAACGCAGCGUUAGCAAUAGUGUGUGCUAAUAUAAUCGCGGAUACAUUUAUUAACAAUAACAACAUUUAUUUAGCUUAUUUAUUCGGUGGAUGUUCGGAUAACGCGAUGGAAACGGUGACUGAUGAAGACGUGACGUCGUCUAAGCUAUCUAAGAUAGAGCUUCGCAAAUUGAAAUUGGCUGAAUACUUGGCAGCAAAAGGAAGACUGAAAGUACCUAAUCCGAAACCUUAUCUGAAAGGGAAACCUGUUACAAAUAAGCCUGCUGUAAAUAAUCAGAAGAUUAAAAUCACUGGCAAUGAAAAGGAGAAUUGUGGCAUCAGUGGUGCAAAUGCAAAAGAAGUGAAGAGAGUGAAGACACUGUCUGGGGUUGAUGAAAACACAUCUUUAAAAAAAGGCCUGAACAUCCAUUCAUUAGCCAAAGCCCCGGUGCAGUUUUCCAGUAAACUCUGUAAUACUCAACAGGCCAACUUUAAUGCUUUGAGGACAAAAAACAAUGGAACAGCUUCUCUUCAAAAUCCCAAGCUACUGCACAAAGCUGAGAAAACUUGCACAACAAGGACUCAUCCACAAUUCCUUCAAAAUGCCCAAAAUAAAGCUCAGCCAGCUUCCCAUGUUGCAAAUAAGUCUCAGAAAUCAAGUCUGGUUUCAAUCUGUGGCCCUUCACACUCUGUAUAUAUAAAAUCUUCCCUUAAAUGCACUGAUCCAACAUAUAAUUCAAAGACAGAGCUCAAGUCAGCAAAGAUUUUAAGUAAGAAAUUAACAGAAUUGAACAUCAAGACAACCACAACUGCCACUCUGAAGAGCCGGGGACCGCUCAACACUACUGGGACAAAAUUUCAGACAAAAAAUAUUUCUAAAACCCAAGAAAAACCAACACUGCAACCCAAAUGCCAAAGUGGUGUACCAAAGUAUGGCACCCUUAGCAGAAAUCCUGCACUCAUUACCUGGAAGUCAAACUCCGCAACAAACAGAUCAGAUAUAAACCAGAGGAAGGAUGUUUCGUGCAUGAUCACGAAAGCCACAAAAAUUCAAUCACAUAACCCUGUCACAAACAGAGAAACAAAAACUAGUGUAUCUAACGUCCAGGCAAAACCAGCACAGCGACCUAGAAGUCAAAGUGUUGUACCAGUUGGUACACUCAACGUCAAUUCUCAGCGCAUUAAUCAGAAACCAAAUUCAGCUACAAACAGAUCAGACGUUUAUCAAAGAAAGGAUAUUUCGUGCAUCACCAUGAAAGUUGAUGGCAAAAAAGCAAUUGUGUCUUCUAUAGCUGCAAACCUCAAAGGAUCAGCAACCAUCACAACUAAACAGCAUGCUACUCUUAAAGCAAGUAAUGCCGCUGCUUCUACCAAACUACAUAGUCGAAACACGAGGAGUUGUGUACUGCCGCAAACUACAUCUGAACACAAAGAGCUCCAGCAGCCUGUUAUGAGAUCCAACCACACCAAGCCUACGGUCCAGUUUCAGACCCCUAAAUCCAGUAUCUGUCCCAGUUCUACUCAGGGUGUCCGAACAGCCCCGGCAGAUGGAAAGAAAAGGCUGACCGAAGCUCAGGAGGAAAGACUGCGUAAACUCCAGGAGUGGCGCGAGUCAAGGGGCAUCACAUAUAAACGUCCCCCCAUGCCUGUUCGGCUGGUGAGGAGGAAGACAGUCUCAGCUAUACCUCAGCCAUACUGGACAUCAAUGGAAAAUGAAGAUGAAGGUCAAGACAUUGUCUUCGCUGUGGAACGAUCAUUAGAUGACUGCAUUCAAUUAUUACAACAGGGUUUCCCAGUAGAGCAGGUCCGAGAUGUGAUGUCUCGGGUGCCGAUGGCGCAGAAGUUUGCUAAAUACUGGAUCUGCCAGGCAAGGCUGAUGGAAAGAGAAGGAAACCUGGAGGUCUUGUCUUUGUUUGAGGAAGCCAUCCGUGUAGUGCGGGAGCCUGUGGACGAGCUGCGCGCUGUGAUAUUUGAGAUCCUUAAAAAGAAACAGAGUCAGGGUCAAUCUCCUGUGUCAAAAGAGUCUGAAGAGGCAGAGACCACAGUGGAUGAUGAACAUGAAGACGGUGACCUCAUGUGCACUCCGAAACCUGUUGGUGCCCUUAUAUGUGGAAUGAGGGGAGACUCGUCUGUUGUCAAAUAUAAAAUUACAGCCACUCCGGGGGGGAAAAGAAGUCAGCAGGGAGCAGAACCAGGACAAGUAGACGGUCACGAAAUCCGCUUCUUUACCCCAGUGAGACGUUCAGUGCGGAUUGAGAAAACUGCUCGGCGUUACCCAACAGCCUUGCAGGAGCACGACCCCUGCGUUACCUCUAUGUGUGACCUUGCAGGUGAGAGUAAGGAAGAGGUCAAAGAUGACUCACAACCUCAAAGCUCUCCAUUGUAUGUGUACCGGGAGAAUGAAGCACUGAGAGACUGUGUCCAGGUUAAACUUGUUUAUCCAGAGGAGGUUGAAUCAUGAUAACAGCCGUUAUCAUGUUUUAAUCUUGAUUUCCCAACAGGAAGCAAUCAAUUGUUUGUUGUUGUUAUACACGGAUUGUGCUACACGUGUUUUGUACUAUGAUGACAUUCAGCCAAGAUCAUAUAUUGCUUAAUAGGUUUUAGCCUGAAGUUCAGACUUGACUUUCUCUAUGCUGGUGCAAUGCUUCCUAACUGGUAUAUAGUUUCAAUGCACGGUUAGUUCAUGACAAGGUUAGUUCAUGCCAAAAUUAGAUUUGGUUGGGGUUUACUCAAACUCAAAUGUUGUUCAAAAACAUUAAGACUGUUGUUUAUCUUAAAAAAUACUUCAUUUGUGUUCCAAAGAUGGAACAAAGGCAAGUACAUGCUUUGUGUUAUAGGGUAAAUAACCUAUUAAGCACUGCUGUGUAUAUAUAUAAAUGAAAGAAAGAGAUGUCAGUGUUUGAUAUCAAAAUUUGAAGGUGCCCAUUCUGCAGAGUUCAACGACAAAGAAGUUAAUUGUUCACUUAAUCAGAGGCUUGAUUCAUCUAACUUAUUCUUUUGAUUGCCAUUAUAAUUUAUUGACCAUCAAAAGUCUUAUGUCUGUCAGAUCAAAAGCAAGCAUGAAUAGUCCUUGGUGUAUGAACAAAUGCGCAUAAUUAAACUCAUUGAUGCAAUUAUUUUUCAGCAUUUUUAAUAAAAGCAUUUUAAAUUUUUGA